AUGGCUCCGGUACAGCAGAUGGGGGAAUUCCCCGAUAUUCCUCUCAUGUCGGUCGAAGCUCGAGAUGCAACUCUAGACAAUUCGGUCGACGCUUCUCCCUCUAUCAUCUUCAACCAGCUUGCACCUCGAACCGACUCUUCUUCUGCGGCUACCACCAAAGUGGCCUAUGGCCAAGGCACGAUUGACCCCAAGAACAUCAAAAUGCAGGGUCUGCUGGCCUUGUUCGCGAUCAUCGGUGCUGUCUUCGUGCUCGGUGCCAUCUGGUUCUUCUUCUGGGCCAAGAAUGGCGGUUUUGUCUGGCGCAAGGGUGAUUGGGACGAGUACAAGUCGACCGUGUUACGACGCAAAGGACCUGAUGGGCGGACCCUUAGUAACGCCACGAAAAGUACUAAGUUGGGCGGCGGUAGCGUUGUUGGAAAGGGCUACAGCGACGACGGCUACACCUACACCGACGAGACUGGUACCUACACUGAGACCGCAACAACGAUCAGCGACGAGAAGCCGAAGAAGAAGCGCAACUUCCGGGAGAAGAUCCUCCGUCAACACAAGGGAGAAAAAUGGGAAGGCGAGGGCGACGAUGAUGUGCGAGCUUAUCGCGAAGAGAAGCCCGCCCGGAUUGGCGGCAUGAAUCGGGAAGCCGACGGCACCUACCAUGGCAGUGACUACGAUUCGUCCGCACCACCGACACACUACAACCGCAGCGACAUGAGCGACACCCGCGACUACGCCUACGAGCAGCCGCGUCGCUCUCGCAACCGCAACCCUUCCGGGUUCUCCUUCACUGCCGGCAGCGAAGACGUCCUGAGUCAAACUACCGAAGAGCACCACCUACGUGACCCAUCCUCCCGCCGCCAGAACCGCCCACGCGAUCGUGAGCGCCGCCGCAGCGCUGCGCCCCCAUCUGCCCCUUCAUCUCGCACCAGCAGCCCGCGCAAGAAGGAUCGCUCCUCUGUGCCCGCGGGAUACACGAAGCCUCUGGAUCUCUCCUCUGCCGGGGCCCGUUCGGAAUACCAGUACUCUAACGUUGGUACCGAGGACUCAAACGGUACGAAGAGCUACCACCACCCCAUCCCGGGCUUGGCCAAGGGCUACCGUCGUGAAGGCCACGGUCGCCGUCGUCGUGAUAGUCUGAGUGACAGCGAGGGUGACGAGACCCAGUACUCUUGA